GAAAUCCUGAACCAGUGGGACUUGAGAGUUAAAGCAAGUUUGGCCGUCUCUCAAGUCUCAACUGACAUCUACGAAUCUUUCUGCAAUUGACGAUGGGGACUGGCUGUCGAAUUUCUCAGCACUUGAGAAAUUAUGACCUGGGUUUUUGUUCCAGAGUUCCGCUUUGUCAUCUAUUGGUUUGCGGGAAGUUCGUAUCGUUCUCCGUGAAACCCUGUGAUAGCAUUGUUCAGAAGAAUCGUUUUCUGGGGAUUGGGAUUUCCGGCAAUGUUUAUGGGCUUCAAGCUGAUACUCUGCAAGCCAAAUCAUCCAGUGAAGCUCCCAUUCUCUCUGAUUGUUUCAGUCAACGUGAAGAUGAUCGGGAGCUUCCUUCUGAUGGUUCAUCAUCUGUCACAGGAGGUAUAGUAGCUCUGGGAAAGUUUGAUGCUCUUCAUGUUGGUCACCGAGAACUUGCAGUGCAAGCAUCGAAGGCUGGCAUUCCUUUUCUUAUGUCAUUUGUUGGAAUGGCAGAAGUAUUUGGUUGGGAACCCCGGGCUCCUAUAGUUGCCAAAUGUGACCGGAAGCGGGUUCUUGCCUCUUGGGCUUCUCAUUGUGGUAAUGUUGCCCCAACUGAGUUCCAUGUUGACUUCUCAAGUGUUCGACAUCUCUCUCCACGACAGUUUGUUGAAAAGUUGUCCAAAGAAUUUGGAGUACGUGGAGUUGUGGCAGGUGAAAACUACCGAUUUGGAUACAAAGCUGCAGGUGACACAUCCGAGUUGGUGAAGCUAUGUGAGGAGUAUGGACUGGGAGCUUAUAUUGUGAGCUCAGUCAUGGACAGGAACCAAUGCAUCAGAGAUAAAGGCCCCAACAAUUCAAAAGAGAGGGGACAAGUGUCAUCUACCCGAGUUCGUCAUGCUCUUGCUGAAGGAGAUAUGAGAUAUGUGUCAGAGCUUUUGGGUCGCAAACACCGUCUCAUGCUGAAUAUGAGAAAUCAAGAAGUACUGGUUGGUCACGAGAAUAGGAUAUCUGCUCCCAAGUCCAGUUUAUUGAAUCUAUCACCAAAGGAUGGUUUAUAUGACAACUGUUCUCUGUUGUUUAAUGAAAAAACUGUAGUACCAUGUAGAGCAAUCAUUGAUACAACUCACAUUUAUGUGGAAGCAGAUGAACUAGGUUCUCGGACACAAGUCCAACUGCAGAACUGCAGAGUUCUUGGGAUUGAAUUUGAUGAUACAGAAAAAGAAUGAUUUGAUUUAA